GUAUUAUUUAAGGGGAAACCUUUAAGUAACAAUGAGUUUAUUCCGUAAAAAAAAAUCAUACGGCAUAUUGUAACGUUCACGACGAUAGCAAGCCACAAAUCCGUCAUUGCUUUGUGUGCGCGUGUGUGUAGUUCACCCUGCGCCCGUUAGAGGGAAGUCUAAAACCAUCUCCAUGGCAAUUUUAAAACUGGUUGUAAACACAAAGAGUAGCUACUGUGCAAGGAGCGAGCUACAGCUACAAGUUAAACCCUCUAACAACAUGGAGAAAAUAGAUCUCGAUCAAUCCGCUUUAAAAGCAGUUGAUGACUACUGGGAAUACAGAAGGAUUGUGGGUGAUGAUGAUGGAGAAAAGCUCUUCACUCCAGAGCAAUAUGAGGAAUACAGGAAGAAGAUGUUUUCUCAGCGACUUAAAAACCGGUUAUAUGUGAGCUAUGGAGUGCCUGGGGGUAUUGACUGUAAGCUGAUUGGCCCAGAAACACAGUGCUUCUGUGCACAUAGGUACAAGCAACAUAAAACAGACUGGGAAGUGGUUCCCUCUGAGCGACCCCUGGCCUUACCAUGCAGAGUCAAGGGAUGCCGUUGCCCUGCCUACGAGUACGUCCCUCGGCUUGGACCAAACCCUGUGCGCUGCAGGUGUAAACACUUACCUCAACAUCACAGUGAAGCAGCAGGCCACUUGUGCAAGUCUUGCAGUUCUUGUUCUGGAUUCCAGAGUCCCUACACCUGUGGGUGUGGCCAGCCCAGCUCUGAACACCAGACUCUGGUUGAGACAAAACUGGAGAGGCAGGCACGGGGUCAGCCUGUGGGCAGGGAUGUCCCUUAUGCUGCCAUGGGUGGGCUGACAGGGUUCAGCUCCUUGAUUGAUGGUUACCUAGCUUUGGAAAUCAGUGGCUCAGAUCAAGAAAGCCCUCAGCAGAGCUGCUCGGCAUUAAAGACCAACCAAACAUCAGCUAAAGCAUCAAGGUUUGCUCUCUGUAAGAGAGGGACCAACAAACAAUAAAAUACAACAUCGGUUUGUGUGUAUCCAUAGGAUAAUGAAUAUGAAAUACUCAAUACAUACAUAUUUGGACAAUGCUGAAA